UAAAAAUAUAAAAAAUUUGGAUCAGAUUCAAAAAUCACCUCAUAAAAUCUUAAAAUUCAUAAAAUUGCCAUAAAAAAAUUAAAAAUAUCCUUUAAUGUUUUGUGUACAUUUAUUAAAAUUGGAUCUUUUGAUUUACUUCUAGAGGUAGUUUAUUAACCCUUCGCUACUCGCGCGGCGCCAUUCAUAUUGUUAGUUAGCCUAAAUUCUAAGUUUGGACUGAUAGCCCUGUCAGCGGUCAUGUACCUUCCACAUGCAUUGCGAUUAUUUGCCGGCUUGCAUGAGAAUAGUCUAUGUUGAAACGCAGUAAAGAAAGUUAUUAGCGAAUCUUUACAUGUGGAGUCUGUCAGACGCCGCGCGAGUACUUUUGUUAAAAUAUUGUUCAUCGAUUAUUUGGCAAAAUGUCGAAGAGAUUUUUUGAUCCACUUGUUGAAAAAGAUGCAGAAAUUCUGCGGAAAUUAGCUGAGGACGACAGCAGUGUAUUGUCGGAUGCUGAGGAGAGUAGUAAAGGCGAAGAAGACGCCGUAGAAACCCAGUUGGAAAGCUCAGAUACAGAACAAGAAAUAUCUAGUGAAGAUGACGAAGAGGUGGAAGAACCAGUGGUAAAUACGAUAUUGGGAAAAGAUAAAAUAACAAGAUGGAAACUACAGAUGCCAGUUCAGAACGUAAGAACUCGUUCACAUAUUUGUAACCACUGGCCGAUGACAGUUUUUUAUUCAAUGCUAAAUGUAGGGUCAUAUGUAAUGCAUAUGUAAUUUACAAAGGUAAUCAAAAUCCUAUAAUAGCUAACAGAAGACAUUUUAUAAAAACACUAGCUUUAGAACUGACAAAAGAUCAUAUAAAAAACAGAUCACAAAUUGCAAGUUUACCAGAUCUAAAGAAAAGAACUUGUGAAAUUGCUACCGAGGCGGAACCGGAUGGAGGGGAAGGGACAAUAAGAAGUCCAGAAUGGAGGCUUCUGGUACCCGGAAAAGGUGUUAUAUUUGCGGUCGGAAAAAAAAUCGUAUGACUACAUAUACCUGUAUAAAGUGUGAAAAUUAUAUUUGCCUAGAACAUGCAACCUACACCUGCCACUCCUGCAAUUAAAAAAAUUAUUGAUUUUAUUUUUUUAAAUUUUAUAUUAUUUUAUUAUGUUACUCAUCGAUUACUUUGCAAUUUAAAUUAUUAUCUUGAGUUAAAAAUGGUUUAUUUAAUGUCUCUGUUAUCUUGACAUUUUAUAUUAUUUGAUUUUGUGGACAUUACAUAUUAUUAUCUGUUCAAUAUUGAAAUACAUUUAUAUAAAUUAAA